GCGGGGUUUCCCGGCGGCCUCUGCGGCCGAGCUCAUGGCGGCGGCGGUUCGGGGACGGUUCUAAACUGAAGAGAAAAUGUCUCUGUACGAUGACUUGGGGGUUGAGACCAGUGACUCUAAAACAGAAGGCUGGUCCAAAAAUUUCAAACUCCUACAGUCUCAGUUGCAGGUGAAGAAAGCAGCUCUCACACAGGCAAAGAGUCAGAGAACAAAACAAACAACAGUCCUUGCUCCAGUGAUUGACCUGAAGAGAGGGAGCUCCUCUGAUGAGAGACAGAUUGUGGACACACCACCUCAUGUAGCAGCUGGGUUAAAGGACCCUGUGCCUAGUGGCUUUUCUGCAGGAGAUGUGUUGAUUCCUUUGGCAGAUGAGUAUGAUCCCAUGUUCCCAAAUGACUAUGAAAAAGUGGUGAAAAGGCAAAGAGAGGAAAGGCAGAGGCAGCGUGAGCUCGAGAGGCAAAAGGAGAUUGAAGAGAGAGAAAAAAGGCGUAAAGACAGACAUGAAGCCAGUGGGUUUUCAAGAAGACCAGAUCCAGAUUCUGAUGAAGAUGAAGAUUAUGAAAGGGAGAGACGAAAAAGAAGUAUGGGAGGAGCUGCCAUUGCACCUCCCACUUCACUUGUUGAGAAGGACAAAGAACCUGUAGCAUCAUUUCCAUUUGAAGAGGAGUCAAGACCUCGGGCACCAUCUUCCAAAGCAGCCAUUCCUCCCCCAGUGUAUGAUGAGCCAGAAAGACCUCGUUCCCCCACAGGACCUAGCAACUCUUUCCUUGCUAACAUGGGAGGAACAGUGGCUCAUAAAAUCAUGCAGAAGUAUGGUUUCAGAGAGGGCCAGGGACUGGGGAAGCAUGAACAGGGGCUGAGCACAGCACUGUCAGUAGAGAAAACAAGCAAGAGGGGUGGCAAGAUCAUUGUUGGUGAAGCUGCAGAGAAAGAAACAGGCAAGAAAGCAGAUUCUAACCCACUGACUGAGAUACUGAAAUGCCCAACUAAAGUGGUCUUGCUGAGGAACAUGGUGGGUGCUGGAGAGGUGGAUGAAGAUCUGGAAGUUGAAACUAAGGAGGAAUGUGAGAAAUAUGGCAAGGUUGGGAAAUGUGUCAUCUUUGAGAUUCCUGGUGCCCCUGAUGAUGAAGCUGUAAGAAUAUUUUUAGAGUUUGAACGGGUUGAAUCUGCCAUCAAAGCUGUUGUGGAUCUCAAUGGAAGAUACUUUGGAGGCAGAGUGGUGAAGGCUUGUUUCUACAACCUGGACAAGUUCAGAGUACUGGAUCUGGCAGAGCAAGUUUGAUUUUAAAAAUCUAGCUCGAGGUGUCACUGUUUUGGCAAUCAUGUUUUCAGCAGUGGGCUGGGAAUAAGGAAGAGAAAAGUAGCUUUCCUAGCAGACUGGAAACAAGCCUCAUUGAAUGGAUUUUUCACAUUCGUUGUGACAUUUUUUUGUAAUAUAAAGCCCUUUGAAAGUAAA